CUGACUUGUUUCUAUUUAAAGAUCAGGAAGCUCUCUUUGUAAAUAUUUUUGUGGGCAUUAGAAGGGAAAUAUUAUAUUGGAAAUUAAAACUUUUACAGCAAAGAGUAUGGAUAGAGAGGGUAUGCAGCUGCUGUCCCUUCGUCUAUCCAGGGUGCUGGACGACAUUGGGGUCAGCAGGUACGUCCGUACAAGAAGAAGGAGAGCAUGGCUGAUGCAUGAGACAAUGACCCGUUUAUCUAGCGAGUAUUUUGGUUCAAAUAAGACUUGCUAUUAUUUCGGCAGUCAGACAGAGGGGACCACCACUCUUGGGAUGGAGUCUGAUGUUGACAGGUUAUUUUGCGAUGAUAACAUGCCUGCAAUACUAGAAUGGAGUAAGUGGGAGCAGGGGAAGAGAAAUCUCCUUAUGUUGAAGACAGAACACUUCCCACCCCAGCACUGCUACCUGCAGCGGGUCCGACAUGAUAUCCCAUUACCAGAGACAGAGGUAAUACCACCUGGUGAUAUUGUUGACAAUGAGGGUAGAGUGCUGAUAACCAACACUCAACAUGAAUAUAGCGAUAUUUUAUUAAACCUAUGUAGCAAGUCAGGGCAGUUAAUCAAACAUGGUCCAUCACUGAACUUCAGAGAAGAGAUAGAUUUUGUUUUUGCAUAUUACUCAGUCAACCUUCCUGAAGAGUGCCAUUUCCUGUUCCACAGGCCACGCCCAGGACAUUGGCCUUGCCACAACACACUUGCCAAAGCAAGGCACACUGGAGUGUUCCUGGUGCCACAGGGAUACACUGAAGAUCCGUCAAAGCCAGUCAAGUGCCGCUCAACAACAUUUCAUGUGCCUCCAGAUGACUUACACUAUCCUCAUUCUAAGCGGGAGUGGAGAUUUUCAACUUCAAUUAUGGAGAGACUGCUUGUUUUUGAUAUGAAUACAGUUCAGCAUAGGGUCUAUGUAUUCAUCAAGAUGAUUAGAAAAUCAAUCAUUAAGCAAGUUGUAGAUGACCGUUUCAGCACAUUUCAUCUCAAGACUGCAAUGCUGUUCACAAUAGAGAAUUAUCCACCAAACAUAUGGAGGGAUAACAACUUCUUACAGUGUGCGUUCUACUGUCUGACCACACUUCUCAGAUGGCUGAAGAUCAGGUAUUGUCCUCACUACACAAUCUCUGGUGUGAAUCUAUUCACUGGAAAACUGUUUAAACAUGAGCAAAACAACUUAUAUUACAUUAUAUCGACACACAUCAACAAUAACCUUCAGUGCAUGUUCUCCAUUACAAUGGACAACCUUGGGAAUAGAUUGUCUUCUGUGAUUUUCCCACAAAGUAUUACACACCUUAAACCAAGGGGUAUCUUGAAUGAACUCCAAAUAUCAGAUUGUUAUGUAUGGUAUGCAUCAGAAGUAAACCAUUUCUUAGAAAGUAUAGCGCUUCAUCAAACCAUUCCUGGAUGUUUAGAGAUGCUGUGUUUCAAGGAGGACAAUGGAACAGCACUUGAAAAAGAGACAGCAACUGUGUUAUUACCACUAGUAUGGGGAUUUCUGGCUUCAAACCAAGCAUCCAGAUGUGUCUAUCUAGGACAACCAAUACCAUGGGACAUUUUCAACUUGUACAGUUUAUCCUUUGACUUUGACCUGCUGUCUAACAGAUUGAAGUUUGCCUCUAUGUUGUACUGCAAUGAGAAGUACGAGGCAGCAGCAAACUACCUGACCUACUGUGAGGGACUGCUAGGGCCUGCAGUGUGGCAAUACUGUGGUUGUAUUGGAAGACUUAAAACAGAACACCAAAAAGAGUUCAGGGAAAAGAUUGAAAACACACAAUUCAAGGAUAUGAUACAGAAGUAUAUAGCUUUCCAUGUUAUUUUCACUCAACAAGAUUUCCAUUGUGUUCCGCAACAUCUGGUGUUUGAAAUGUUCAGAACAAUAGAAGAUGAAGACAGGCAACAAAGACAUCCGGAAGUUUUUUAUGAGUGGAUGGACCUCAUUGUGAUUGACACCAUCCUGUUUCUCCACUACCUGCAGUACCUCACACAUAGACAACUGAACCAAUGUAACAGAAAGGUUGUAGCACUGAACAACCUCUAUUACUACAUAUCUUCAAGUGAAGGUUGUGGCCACAUAGAUACAGCCUGGAAUAUGCUUGGCCACUGUUAUGAACUGGAGAACAAUCUCCAUCUGGCUUGGAUCUGCUACUCCAAGUCACUGCAGCUCUACCCAAGAAACAAUGCAGCAAACUGGCACGUAGCUAGGAUCAUGAAUCAACACAUUCAUGGUUGAAGAAUCAGGCUUUCAUUUCGUUUGAUGAUCAAGUGAUUCCAGGAGAAAAAAAAGAAAAUCGGUACACAAUUUGUUAAAUGAAUAUAGACUAUUGUUAUGCAAUAAAUAUACUUGUGCAUGUAUAUCUAUUUCAAUGAUAUCAACAACAUUAGUUUUACAUUCAAUGUAACUGUACUGUAUAAAUAUCUCCACAGGAGAUAAGACGAGAGAGGCAUGGAGCAGUGUCCAAUGUUUGUCUGUGGCUUCAGUCAUAAAUCGAGCAUAAAUCAUCAAUUAUUACAGACAGAGUUACGGGUCUUGCUUUACAUUUGGGUAUUAUCUCUGGUAGAUGUGUUCUAAGUUUCAUAUCAAGAAUAUGCUUUGAGAGGAAUGGCAAAGUUUUUGCAAGCCACUGACAAUAACCCCAAGGCUCGGACAAUUCAUGAACUUUUUUCUUGGAAACCAGUCAUGCUUAGUACAAGAACAAUACAAUUUAAUCGAUUUCUUUUAAACUUAAUUUUUACAAUUGUUUCUUAAAGCCAAACUGCUUAAAUUUUCGAAGGUAAAGAUCAAGAAACUCUGUCUUGUCAUAUAUAAAAGAAACUUACCAUCGAGACAGUUAUACUGUAAGGAGAUCUUUGCUGGGGCACCAUAGUAUGUUCUCGUCACAUUGUUCACCAUUGACAACGAGGCUAUUAUAAUUCCUAAAAAAAAGAAAAACAAUGUUGUUAUAUUCAAUCAACAAUUAUUACUUUUUGCAUAUGCAUCAUAAAUCUGUAAGCAAUAAACAUGCAAAAUACACUCUAACGCCAACUAUUGCAAUACGGCCGUAUUCCAUACUGCUGAUGUCUUGUCAUAACAAGUACCAUAGCCCGAUAUUAUAAUGACGUCAGAAAGCCAAUUAGUACAACAAAUAUGCAUUAUAUUAUGUUAUAGCAUGUCUUCGUUUGGAUUUAAACCAGUAAUGUAUGUGAUACAAGGGUUAUUAGUUCUGCGUUUUCAUCCUGAAUUAUUCAACUCCCAUUGAUUUUGUUAAUUUUUAUUUCACUCUGCUCACUCUCAUUAAUAAAGAAUCUGCUAAGAUUCACCUGAGUUGAAUUCAACCUCCCAUUCCAAAUGCAAAUACAAAACCCUUUUGUAUAUGAUUUCAUUUAUAUAUUAUGUCAAAUAAUUGUUAUUAUCUGUUGUUAUUGCAUUAAUUAUGAAAACUUUUAAACAAUAUCUUGAACAUUUAUAGAAUCAGAACAAAAUGUGUGUUGUGUACUCAAUAAACUCAAGGUUACCAUG